CACACACACACACCUGGCAGCACUUGGUCUUUGCAAGACAACUGAACAGCAAGCUCUUCGGAAGCGUCACGGGCGAAAGUUUUUCUACCUGAACAAGACUCGUCGCUUGCAUCACACUGCUUCCGUUUUUCCUGUCUGCCCUGGUUCCCCUAGACAAGACGACGAAGUCCUGAGAUGCGUCCGUGGCGCCGGUGUGCGUUUGUGUGCGGCUCUUGACGGAAACGCUUAUAUUCGAGAGUUUUAAAAGUCCUUUUUAGGUCACUUCUUGGCUUUUGCGAGGCAGUCUCUUGGUGUCGACUGCCUUCCCCCACCAAAGAAUCAGCCCGCAACACAGCGCACCCUCGGUGGUUCAGGGGGAGGACGGUGAUUGACGCGAAUAGGGAGCGUUUUUCGGCGGUAAAAAGAAACGCAGAUUUCAGGAUCUUUCGAGUUUCCUUUUCGCGUCUGAGCCGAACUGGAAAAAACCGGCACCUCGUCGGUCUCGCGGAGAUUUUUCCGACCCGCGGCAGUGCCCGCAUUGCAAGAAAAGCCGCUCUCCUGGCGUCAUUCGCGGAACCCCAGAAACACACAGAUGUGAAGGGGCAUGUGACUAGCGGAUCCGGUUCCGAAUCUUUUGCGAAAAAAAAGCUGGGAAUAGGGGAGAUGCAGAGGCAGAGAGAGCGCGCGUCAACAAAGACAGCGCCGUCGUGACUCGUGGUUUGUGUCUUGCGUUUUUCUUCUCUGGUUUCUCGCUGUGUGUGUGUCGCCCCUCGCUCUUGGGACUUUGCCUCCUUUUUCUGUCUUUUCUCUGUCCGGUUUUUUUCGCAAACCGCUUUGCCCUCGCUCCGCCCCAUUUUUUCUCCCCUUUCCGUUAUCAUCCGGAGCUUCUUGCGGUUCUCCCGCGAGACCGUCUCUCGGCUUUUUCGUCGAAUCCCCCUCCUCUGUCUCCUCGCCGCCUUUUCCAUCAUCCCUCGUGCCUCCUCCUCGCCCCCGUCCCUCCCUCCUGUCUUGCAGAAAAACGCGAGUCUGGACUGUCUGUUCGCCUCCGAAAGAGGUGCUCUUCCCCCUGUGUUCCAGCCUCUUUCCAGUCAAAGUUUCUCCUCUCUCCUGUUAAACACAAUGUUCGUCUUCAACUGGUUCUGGGACCUGCUCAACUACCUUGGCCUCUCUCAGAAGAGCGCAAGAAUCCUCUUUCUCGGUCUUGACAAUGCUGGAAAAACGACGCUUCUCCACAUGCUCAAAGACGACCGUGUUGCCCAACAUGUACCCACCCUUCAUCCCCAUUCCGAGGAGUUGAUCGUGGGCAAGAUUCGCUUCAAAACUUUCGAUCUUGGGGGACAUGAAACAGCCCGGCGUAUCUGGAAAGACUAUUUUGCCGCGGUGGACGCGAUUGUCUUCAUGGUGGACGCAACGGACAGAGGUCGUUUCCAAGAGGCGAAGGAAGAGCUGAGUCACCUGCUGGAGACUCAGGAGCUGGCGAUGGUUCCUUUCCUCGUGUUGGGGAACAAGAUCGACAAGCCUCAGGCUGCAUCUGAGGAAGAGCUGCGCCAGCAGCUCGGUCUCUACUCGCAUGUGACUUUCGGAAAAGACAGGAAGCCUGUCCCCGGAGUGCGACCGGUGGAAAUCUUCAUGUGCACUGUCAUCAAGCGCAUGGGCUACGCUGACGGUUUCCGUUGGUUGUCUCAGUUCCUCAACUAAUACACGGCUGUUUUUCCUCCGGAACGAUCUGCUUCCGUUCUCUCUGUUUCGAGGUCCAGUAUCUUCCUUCCUCAUUUUUCCCCCAAGCGCGACUGAAGCUGCGUCUUUGUCACUCGCCAGAGCGACUCCGUCCGUGAACUGAGAUCCGAUGACUGCAGUGCCGUCUCUCGUUGCCUCACUCAACAGACAUUCUUUUCUCGCGCUUCCAACAACUCUCUCCAACGUUGAGGUUCCGCGUCUCUUUGCUCUCUGCUGCGACACCGCGUGUACCGCUCUUCUGGCUUCUUUGCUGGCCUUCUCUCAAGGACCUUCCAGCCUCUCUGUCUCAUCUCUUCGGUUCUCUCUCCGAUCUCUUCCGUGUCUCUCUCGUGGGUUUCUCCUCGCUGUCUGUCUCUUUCUCUCUCUUCGCCUCCCCUUUUCUCGUUCUUUUUCCUUGCCGUUCUCUCCGCACAUGUCUGUUGCCGCUCCACUCGCGGAAGACGCAGAGACAGAAC